AUGACCGACAAGCAGUUCUCCACCGUUUUGCACACUGCAGCAUUGGAGAUAUUAGUGUUCCGUGUUGAGCGUGUCUCUGGCGGACUGUGCUGUGCCUUCAUCUUAAAGCACGUACAGAAAGCGACAGUGCGCGAGAGAGACCGUGUCCGACAGAAAGCGACAGUGCGCGAGAGAGACCGUGUCCGACAGAAAGCGACAGUGCGCGAGAGAGACCGUGUCCGACAGAAAGCGACAGUGCGCGAGAGAGACCGUGUCCGACAGAAAGCGACAGUGCGCGAGAGAGACCGUGUCCGACAGAAAGCGACAGUGCGCGAGAGAGACCGUGUCCGACAGAAAGCGACAGUGCGCGAGAGAGACCGUGUCCGACAGAAAGCGACAGUGCGCGAGAGAGACCGUGUCCGACAGAAAGCGACAGUGCGCGAGAGAGACCGUGUCCGACAGAAAGCGACAGUGCGCGAGAGAGACCGUGUCCGACAGAAAGCGACAGUGCGCGAGAGAGACCGUGUCCGACAGAAAGCGACAGUGCGCGAGAGAGACCGUGUCCGACAGAAAGCGACAGUGCGCGAGAGAGACCGUGUCCGACAGAAAGCGACAGUGCGCGAGAGAGACCGUGUCCGACAGAAAGCGACAGUGCGCGAGAGAGACCGUGUCCGACAGAAGGCGACAGUGCGCGAGAGAGACCGAGUGUGCGUGAAAGAGAGCGACCGAAACUGCGUGCAAAAGAGAGCGACAGUGUACAAGAGAGACUGUAAUGCAACACUAUUAUCCUGCAAUUUCAAAGAUGUUUAA